AUGAGAAUGGAGCACUUUCUUCUUAUUAUUAGUAUGGCAUAUUAAAGAAUAAAAAUACAUUAUCAGAAACACCAAUUAUGAAUAUGUUAAGGUGAUAUCCAAAUGUAAUUUUUUAAACAGAAAAAUUGAUUGGUUUUUUAAUUCUGUGUCUUUGACUGUUGUUACUCUCAAGUGUGAUUAACCUGCUGCAUCAAUAGUUUCAAUACAGUAGGAGAAUAUUUACAGUCAAAAAAGUUUAUGUUGUGUUAUCAAAUUAGGUUAAUUUAAUAUAUCAAAUUAAUAGGAAAGCAUCAUGAGUAUUCAAAUAAUUUAAUAGAUUAAAAUUUUUUAUUACCCUAUAAGAAACCUAAUUUAUAAAAAUUAAAGGAUAUUAAAGUUAUGAAUUCAUAUUUAGUUGGAUAUGAUAGAACCUUACAAAUUUAUGAUAUAUCCUUGUUCAAAUACUCUACUAAAGUUGAAAUUUUUUUCUUUAUAAAUCGUUAGAUGAUCAAAGAUUAUGGUACUGAUAUUAUUCCAUUCGUUCUCUUAAAUAGAAUACAUAGACUAGUGAUUUUUUCGAGUUUUACUCAUUGA